AUGGCCAUGGGUUAUGGGGAGAAGGCAGGUGAAUGGUUAGGAGGGAGAGAUAGAUCAACCAUGAUUGAAUGGCGGAGUAGACUUGAUGGGCCGAAGACCUAAUUCUGCUCCUAUCACUUAUGACCUUAUGACUAACACUUGUCUGUAAUUAUUUUGGGUGGCCGAAUAGCUGUUGACGAGGAAGCAGUUAAAAAUUCUGCAGGUGUACAGCUGAUGACGGUUCCUGAUUAGGUCAGCUGACUGAGUUUCGAUUUCCCAUUGUACAAUUCUAUUUUUGCUUUAGUUGUUUCACUUUCAUCUAAUUGAAUCCACUGACAGUACUUUAUUGCUUUCCAAAUCAAUAGGUUGUUGCUGAGGCACACUAUGUUUAUUUUCCAACUGAGUUAAUUUAAAACGUUUUAGUAACCACAGAGACUUAAUUUAGGGGGGGGGAAAUGUCCCAAUUUUCAUUUACCCAAAGAAGUGGAUGUUCUGAAAUCCUAGCAUUAUUAGAUUUCAGCAAUUUGUUGGCUCUGAAGGAUACCGUAGCCAGUAAGAUAAAUGCUUGGACUAGCCAUGAAGCCAUCAGAGUCAUUCUGACCCACAGCCAAAGUGCCGAAGAGCUCCUAAAACGCAAGAAAGUUCUGCGAGAGUCAAUAUUGAAGUACUUAAUACAACAUGAUGAGACUGUAUCUACUUCAUCAAGCAAACAACAGCUUAUUGAUGAUGUUUUGCAUUAUUGGUGGAAGCUGGACUGGAAUAGAAAGCAUUUAACAGCUGAAAAAGAACUCCAGGCUUUAGGUCGAAAACGGACGGUAGUACAGAAUUUAGUGACAAAUGCUGCAGAAGAAAAACGAACACCCCUGGGGCCAAUAAUCACUGAGACAAGAGAGUUGGGGAAGAUCAGACAGACAGAGGAACAGGAGAGGAAAAAACAGGCAAAAAAAAGUGAAGAACCACACGGCCAAAUGAAUAUUAAGAUGAACAUUCAUGUGAACAUUCUACCGAGCCAGAAACCACCCCAGGUUGUGACAGUGGGAGGCUCCGAAAGCGGUGACAUGGACAAGGAGUUCUGCAAAUGGUUCUUUCAUCUCCUGAAUUCUCAGAACCCUUCCUUUGGACAGCAGGCGGAAGCGUGGGGCCCACAGCACUUCUGGGACGAUGCAAUGCUGCAUUUCACCCACUGCGUCCGGGAAAUCCAAACGGAACAACAUCAGAGUUCAGCGAUAGUCAGCCUGCGCCUGUUGUCCCUGGUGAAAGAUGAACAGCUGCUCUUCAACCCAAACAUCAGCCACAGUGGCAUGAGAAGUGCAACCUCUCCACACGGAGUCGUUGCCAUAGCAGUGGCCGGCACUGUUCAUAAGGAAGGGCAGUGCCUGGGUAUUUUUGAGCAGGUCUUUGGGCUCAUCCGCUCAGGGGUUUAUGGGAACAACUGGAAAAUCAGGUUUGUUAAACUACAGGUGAAAGCUUUUAAUGGUCAGCAGCAAAUCGUCCAACCCAGUGUGUCUGUUCAGAUGCCUGAACUGCAAGCCUAUCUCAAUGAAUUCAGUUCAUUUCUUAAGUAAAUUUAUUUUAGUUUAGUUUAGUUUAGAGAUACAGCGCGGAAACAGACCCUUUGGCCCACCAAGUCCACACCAACAAACGAUCCCCGCACAUUAACACCAUCCUACACACACUAUGGAUAAUUUACACAUACACCAAGCUAGUUAACCUACAUACCCGCACGUCUUUGGAGUGUCGGAGGAAAUCGAAGAUCUUGGAGAAAACCCACGGGGAGCACGUACACACUCCGUAUAGACAGCAUUUGUAGUCGGGAUUGAACCCAGGUCUCCCGGGUCACCUUUGCAACCCUGAGAGGCGCUUGAAGGUUUGGUACCUAAUCGAAGGCCGUGGGUCAGAAUUUAGCUGCAUCAGGUUGACACUGAAUAAUAAAGUUGAAAACUAUCCCAUUCAAUUUUGAGAUUAGAUCACUUUCAUACAUGAGAGUUGUGGCAAAACGUCAGUGUUACCUAAAUAUGGUGAUAUUAAGAACCUAAUUGUAAAAUCAAUAGAUUUUUCAAAAGGCAAAUGAAUCUAUCCAAAAACAUGAAAGCUCACAGUUACUAACAAACAGAUCAAUAUAUUUAAUAAAAUGAAAAUGUGUAGCAUUAUAAUUAAAUCAUUUGUGCAUUUAACAUAAAUUACUUCAUUGUUAAAACAAAAUAGACAUGAACUUAAUACAAACAGUCAUGAAAGCACUGAGCAUCGGCUGCUAAUAAAUUUCAAUCACUUCAAUUGAUCACUUGUACAAUUAAUUAUUACUAAAUUCACUUUGUCAAAGUAAUGUUCCCUUCUUUUUUAAGGCAUUCCCUUUAGGUCAAAGAUGGCCUGCUUUCCUCUGCAGUUCUGCAAAUGGCAUGUGUCUCAUAGGGUCAGGGAGUAAUAUAAACAAACAGCAUGUAAACAGGCCCUUUGGCUCAACUCAUCAAUGCUGACUAUGAUACCCCGUCUAAGCUGAUCCCAUUGCCCACAUUUGACCCAUAUCCCUACAUGUCCCUUUCAGAAGGCUUUCGAUAAGGUGCCACAUGUAUGGAUGCUAAACAAGAUAGGAGCCCACAGUAUUAGGGGUAAGGUACUAACAUGGAUAGAAGAUUGGCUGACUGGCAGAAGGCAAAGAAUCGGAAUAAAGAACACAUUUUCUGGUUGGCCGCCGGUGAUUCAUGGAAGAUGGAAUUGAUGGUUUUGUGACCAAGUUUGCAAAUGGUACAAAGAUAGGUGGAGAGGCAGGUAAUGUUGAGGAAACAGAGCUUGGACAGGUUGGGCGAAUGAAAAAAAAGGGACAAAUGGAAACAGCAUAUAGCGUAGUUACAAAUUCCUGCCAUCAGUGGCGCUCCAGAUCUGCCCACUGCCUGUGCGUGCGACUUGAGAGGCUGUGGGGAUGGGGUGGUGAUUAAAAUGCAGGUUUUUAGUGGUUAGAGAGGGAUUUGCUCGUACGACAAGCUUAUGAAGAAAUUUUGUUCUGUGAUCCCGUUCGCUAUUUUUUUUUUUAAACGUUGCUUAACUAUUGAAUCACUGGAUGAAAGUCAGGCCCAACUUCAACGACUUCAAAAUCACGGAUUGCAAGUUCAGGACAAAACAAAAGGUAUGUGCUGUAGGACGUUUAUUUAACAUCUUAUCCAGUUUUUGCUGUAAUUUUAUUUUAAUCUGAUGAUGCAAAUAUGUUUUUUAGGCCCCGAUAUCGGCCGUGCCUUGCCUGUCGGCUGUGAGUGUGUGCAAAAUCAUGGCGGCGGCCACAAUCCGAUCUCUGUAUCAUAAUCCACAAACAUCCACUCUCAAGAUAAUCAAAUUCAUUAUUUUCAUACUAAAUAUCUGAUUAAACACUUCCACUUCCACAAUACAUAGUUUUUAAGUCAGAUAUUUAGUAUGAAAACAUUGAUCAUGGAUAGAGAAUAACACAAAAAUAGAUAAUUUAGAUGUUCAUGACAUGAUUGUGCAAAAAAGAAUGAUUUUGAUUAUCUUGGAAGUUUGUGGAUUUUGAACACAUGUCUGUGUAAAAUGGCCCUUGCCUGCUGCAGUGUAUAAACCAACAGAGUAAAAUUUAUGGGAAUUAAACAUUCAAUUCCUUCGAUUUGGCAUAGAAAUUCAUGACAAAGUGAGAUUUAAAAAUCAUGUUAUAUUGUGGAUUCUUGUGUGAAUGGGAUCAGUUUGUUAUUUGGAUACUUUGGCUAUUUAAAAAAAUAUAUAUAUUUUUGGUAUUUUCUUAAGAAUGGGAUAGAUGUUUAGAUCUAGUAAUUGAAUUUAGAUGAAUUUAAUUGAUUUGAUGACACUGACGAAUA